AUGGGCUCGAUCUCAGGACCAGGCUUUGACGUUUUCAACGGAUUUUAUAACACCAUCAAUGGAAAAUUGACCGGCACGGAACAAACCAGACACGGCAUCAAUCCGGCGACAGGCAAGCCCAACCCAGAAGUCCCUGUCUCUACUCCAAAGGACGUCGACGAUGCCGUUGCAGCUGCCAAGGAAGCAUUCAAGUCAUGGUCGCAAACUCCUUACGAGAAGCGCCGGGAGUGUGUCCUGGCCUUCGCUGAUGCUCUCGAAAAAUAUGCCACGGAUUUUGGAAGGCUCCUAACCCAGGAGCAAGGAAAACCGGUGCAAUUCGGCGUCGGCGAGGCCCACACAGGCGUCCAAUGGAUGCGAGCUCUGGCCAAGCUAGAACUAAAGGAAGAGGUCGUGGAAGAGAACGAUGAGAAACAAGUCAUUGUCCGGUAUACACCUCUCGGAGUCUGCGUAGGCAUCGUACCUUGGAAUUUCCCUGUUCACCUAGCUUGCGGCAAGAUCGCUCCCUCAGUCCUGACUGGCAACCCAAUCAUCAUCAAGCCAUCACCCUUUACACCGUACUGCGACUUGAAGCUCGGUGAACUUGCUCAACAAUUUUUUCCUCCUGGUGUUAUUCAGGUUCUGAGUGGUGAUGAUAACCUGGGUCCCUGGCUUACCGCGCAUCCUGGCCCUGAUAAAAUCAGCUUUACUGGUUCGACAGUUACAGGAAAGAAGGUUAUGGAGAGUGCGGCUAAAACAUUGAAGAGAGUGACUUUGGAGCUGGGUGGCAAAGAUCCCGCUAUUAUCUGCAAGAAUGUUGACAUCAACGCCGUUGCUGCAAAGAUUGCCACGCUUGCCUUCCUCAACUCAGGCCAGAUUUGCUUGGCAAUCAAGCGUAUCUAUGUUCACGAGUCGAUUCACGACAAGUUCCGAGACGCCAUGGUCGAGUUCACCAAGACGCUAAAGGUUGGCGACGGUACUGAGGAGGGAGUCUUCCUUGGACCUAUCCAAAAUAAGAUGCAAUACGAGAAAGUUAAGACCUUCUUCAAUGAUAUCGAAAAGGAGAAGUGGACCGUUGCAGUUGGCGGUAAGAAUGAGGACAAGCCCGGCUACUUCAUCACACCUACCAUCAUCGAUAAGCCUGCAGAUGAUUCCAGAAUCGCCACCGAGGAACCGUUUGGGCCCAUUGUCCCUCUCAUGACAUGGACUGACGAAGCCGAUGUCGUUGCUCGUGCCAACAACACCAAGAUGGGUCUCGGUGCCUCCGUAUGGUCUGAUGAUCUGGAUGAAGCAGCACGCAUCGCCCGACAACUUGAUGCUGGCAGCGUCUGGGUUAACACCCAUCUCGAAGUUGACCCUAACGCGCCUUUCGGUGGACACAAGGAGAGUGGUAUUGGCUUCGAAUGGGGCAUUGGUGGCCUCAAGUCGUUCUGCAAUGUCCAGAGCUUGUUCUUGAAGAAGAAGACUUCGGCUUAG